ACCGCAGGGCCCACGGAGCGCCGGGCGGGCACGAGGGCCAACCGAGGGAAACUGAGGCAGCGAAAGGCCCAGGAGCACCCCGCUGAUCCUUUCCCGCCGCAGGGGCGUCGCCGGGAGCGCCAUCUGUCCCGGGACCCUAGGGGUCUCAACCUGAACUCGUCCUCGCCCUGAGGCGUGCGGUACCCUCCCGCUCCGGUCCCUGCCUCGGUCCCGAGCGGGCCGACAGGGCUGCCGGCUUCCCGAGGCCGGCGAGCGCGGGGCCCGCGGGGAUGGUGCGAGUGCCCGGAGCGCGGGGUCGGGGCGGGGGGCAGACAAAGAACCCAGCGGGUGCCGCGUGUCCACCUGGGGCCUCCAUCACCCCCACCGAGCCAUGUUCCAGGCUGCAGAAGCCGCCCAGGCCACCCCCUCUCAUGAAGCCAAGGGCAGCGGUGGCAGCAGCACUGUCCAGCGCUCCAAGUCCUUCAGCCUUCGGGCCCAGGUGAAGGAGAGCUGUGCCGCCUGCCAGAAGACCGUGUACCCCAUGGAGCGGCUGGUGGCCGACAAGCUCAUUUUCCACAACUCUUGCUUCUGUUGCAAGCACUGUCACACCAAGCUGAGCCUGGGCAGCUACGCGGCACUGCACGGGGAAUUUUACUGCAAACCCCACUUUCAGCAGCUGUUUAAGAGCAAAGGCAACUACGAUGAGGGCUUCGGCCGGAAGCAGCAUAAGGAGCUCUGGGCCCACAAGGAGGUGGACUCCGGCACGAAGACUGCCUGAGGCCCCCCUGCCGUCCACUGUCUCUGUAGAAGGCGGCCUGGAGAGGGGCAGUGGGAAGGGUGGGAAAGAAAUUGGACCUGGUUGGGGGGCAGGGUGGGACAGGGAUAAGGCCAUCUUGCUCAGGCAGAGGAUUAGGGGGGCAGGGCUCUGCUCCAGGAUUCCUUCAUUCUCCUUGGGGGGGGGUGGUUUGGGAACCAGGAUUGGGGUUUGCUCACCACCCUGCUUCCUACUUCUUUCAGCCUACCCCACCUCACCCCCCGGCCCCCUGGGAGGCCCCCAAGCCCAGCUUCCCUAUCUAGGUGCCUUUUCUCCAGCAAGGAGUCACCAUGCCCCCUCAGGGUCCCAAGCUCCCUCACUGCCACCUGGGGCCCUCUGGGGACCCCUUUUCUCUCCAUCUACCUCUGCCCUUAGCCUGGUCCUGAGCCAUGGAGACCGGAGGAAGGAGAGCCAGCGUGCCCUCGCUGGGCCUCACAGAAUGCCCACCAAGGCCCUGGGCGGGGGGAGUGGAUUAGCCCUGUCCUCCCCUGAAAGGCGAGGCAGGGCAAGCCCAGUGGGGCUUGGGACCCAUCUUGCACCACCGGAGUCAAGAAGCGGAAGCUCAAGCACCCGCCAGGCUGAGAGCCACAGAGACUGGCUGGGGGCUGGUGUGGGCCACGCUCCUCUCCUCUUCUCCCCUGUUGCUGCCGGUUCUGACUGUUGUGAUCAACCCUGUUUUAAACAUGUUUUAACAGA